AUAGUUUUCAAAAUCUUCCAAACCUUCAUAUAAGUCAACACAUAGUAGAUAAUGCAUACCAAUAUGCAACAUGCACUAAUACAGCAGUUGGUACAAAAGAAAUAGUGCAUAGAAUUUUCAAGUUAAUUGUACCACAUACAAACAAAAAAAAUCUUGAACUUAACUUGUUGAAACAAGUUAAUACUUUACAAAUAUUAAGAUACUUAGCUGAUGGAGGAAUAGAUGACUGUUGGUGUAUUGAUAAUAAUAACUUGUUAAUACAUGCAUUACAAGAACUUGAUCAAGUUGAGUCUAAUAGCAACUAUCAAUAUAUAAAAUUUUGUAUUGGUGAAGCAGUAAAAACUACUUUGUUAGAUAAUGAACAACUUGCAUUUGGAAUUGUUAAAGUGAUAAUUGAACAUACAUGA